UCUGAGUUUGGGCACUAUUCUCGAAUCGACUACACAGUUGUAAAGUCAAAAAGCUGAGCCAAUAGCACAAUUUAAAUUGAUUAUAUAUAUAUAAUCCCUGCCUAAGUGUUUUAUUAAAUUGUAAUCGCGCAAUAAAUUUAAUUGUGAUGAACAUAAUCGUAUUUGCAGUUUGCCUUCUGGUUCUUCCAGGCACGCUCCUUGCUGAGAACAUUUUCAAGAUUAAUAUUUCGCCAGAAGAGGCACAACAAUUUCUGAACAGUGCGAAUCUACGCGGUCUGGACAGCAUUGAUUAUGCGCCCAAGACCGGGGAGAAUGAGCUGCCUGAAGCACGCAAUGAAAAAGGCGAGUUCGUGUACAUGGGCCGUGUGAUAGAUCACCCUGAGGAAUAUGUGGAAGAACACUACGACGCACACCAAUACCAUGGGCAGGACGGUUUGGGUCAGUAUGUGUAUGGCUAUCGUGACUGGAAUCAGGGUAAGAACGAGAAGAAGGACGAUGCGGGCACUGUGAGCGGUUCAUACAAAUAUGUUCAACCUACCGGGCGUGACUUUGUUGCGAAAUACUAUGCCGAUCGCACGGGCUUCCAUGUUGAAGACAAUCGGCCAGCGCACUUGAAAGAACCUGCAACAAAGACUCCGGCUGUUCGCAAGGCAGAGGAGGAACAUUUCAAGCUGUGGGGCGAACUUGCGGCCGCUAAUGGUCAAAACCCCGACCCAUUUGCCCCUGAAUAUCAGCAACAACGUAAUGAGCCCGCUGAAUCCGAGUAUAAGGAAUACGUUCAUGAGGAACCACCAUAUGUUCCCGGACCAGAAGAAACUGGCCCUCCACGCGGUUUCUUCUACGCUUUCGACUACAAUGUGCCACUACUGCGUAACAAAAAGGAACGCGAAGAUUUAGAACAGCUGCGAGCAAUCAACAACAAAGAUUAAAUAGCAAUAUUUACUCUAUAGAAACACUGAUGUCUUGACAUUUUCAUUUAAUAAGAUUACUUUAGGAAAUUUCGUUUAACCUAAUUUAUUUAUUUAAUAACAUUUAAGAAUUUCUAACUUGGUUUUUAAAAUUAAAACAAGUUGAAAAAUUA